AUGAAGGCUGCCUACACCGCCUAUCGAUGCCUCACCAAAGACCUAGAAGGCUGCGCCAUGAACCCGGAGCUGACAAUGGAAAGUCUGGGCACUUUGCACGGGCCGGUCGGCGGCGGCAGCGGCGGGGGCGGCGGCGGGGGCGGAGGGGGCGGGGGCGGGGGCCCGGGCCAUGAACAGGAGCUGCUGGCCAGCCCCAGCCCCCACCACGCGGGCCGCGGCGGUGCUGGCUCGCUGCGUGGCCCGCCGCCGCCGCCGGCCGCGCAUCAGGAGCUGGGAACCGCGGCAGCGGCGGCAGCCGCGGCGUCGCGUUCGGCCAUGGUCACCAGUAUGGCCUCGAUCCUGGACGGCAGCGACUACCGGCCUGAGCUCUCCAUCCCGCUGCACCACGCUAUGAGUAUGUCCUGCGACUCGUCCCCGCCAGGCAUGGGCAUGAGCAACACCUACACUACGCUGACUCCGCUCCAGCCGCUGCCACCCAUCUCCACGGUGUCAGACAAGUUCCACCACCCGCACCCUCACCACCACCCUCACCACCACCAUCACCACCACCAUCACCAUCAGCGUCUGUCGGGCAACGUCAGUGGCAGCUUCACCCUCAUGCGCGACGAGCGCGGGCUUCCGUCCAUGAACAAUCUUUAUAGCCCUUACAAGGAGAUGCCUAGUAUGAGCCAGAGCCUGUCUCCGCUGGCUGCCACCCCGCUGGGCAACGGACUGGGUGGCCUUCACAACGCUCAGCAGAGCCUGCCCAACUAUGGUCCGCCGGGCCACGACAAAAUGCUCAGCCCCAAUUUCGACGCGCACCACACUGCCAUGCUGACCCGCGGUGAGCAACACCUGUCCCGAGGCCUGGGCACUCCGCCUGCAGCCAUGAUGUCUCACCUCAAUGGCUUGCACCACCCGGGCCAUACUCAGUCCCAUGGGCCAGUCCUGGCUCCUAGCCGCGAGCGGCCCCCUUCGUCCUCCUCGGGGUCGCAGGUGGCCACGUCGGGACAGCUAGAGGAGAUCAACACCAAAGAGGUGGCCCAGCGUAUCACCGCUGAGCUGAAGCGCUACAGCAUCCCACAGGCUAUCUUCGCACAGAGGGUUCUAUGCCGGUCUCAGGGGACUCUCUCCGACCUGCUCCGGAAUCCCAAACCCUGGAGUAAACUCAAAUCUGGCAGGGAGACCUUCCGCAGGAUGUGGAAGUGGCUGCAGGAGCCCGAGUUCCAGCGCAUGUCUGCUUUACGCCUGGCAGCGUGCAAACGCAAGGAGCAAGAACCCAACAAAGACAGAAACAACUCCCAGAAGAAAUCCCGCCUGGUGUUCACGGACCUCCAACGCCGAACGCUCUUCGCCAUCUUCAAAGAGAACAAGCGUCCUUCGAAGGAAAUGCAGAUCACCAUCUCCCAGCAACUGGGGCUGGAGCUGACCACGGUCAGUAACUUCUUCAUGAACGCCCGGCGCCGCAGCCUGGAGAAAUGGCAAGAUGACCUAAGCACGGGAGGCUCCUCCUCCACCUCCAGCACUUGUACCAAAGCAUGAUCCAUGGACUCUCACCUGGGCACAAGUCACCUCCAAAUGAGGACAACAGAUACCAAAAAAACCCAAAAUACCAAAAAAAAAAAGAAAAAAAAUCACAGACGUCAGAUUCUUAGCUGGGGCCCUUCACUGGUGACUUGAAAGCACAAUUCUCUUGAAACGUCUCUUCUAGCUGUAAUCAUAGGCCAGGUGUUCAUUGUGUUCGCUUUUGUUUUAAAUGGCUACAGAGUUCAAGUGCGCGCUGAAAACGAAUCUCUCUGAACCAGACAGUGUCCUCUGAGCAUGCUAGGCAUCCCAGAGAUACAAAUGGGGCCUUCUUGGAGCGAGUUCACUAUAGCAGGGUGUCAGUCGAGCUCAGCAUGGCUGUAAGCGUCAACAUUCCCAUUCGGGCCCGUCAAUCUCUUGCGUCUGUUGCCCAUGGGUAAUAGUGGGAAUUUGGCCUGAGUAAAGACACAGCGUAGGAUUCCAAGACACUACGUGAUGAGAAGAAUUCAACAACAAGAAAGACCUCAUUUGCUUCCCAAGUGCUUAGCGUCUUUAUAUCACAAUAUACUAAAAUUCUCAGCCAUAACAUUACAAAAAAUCAGAAUGGUAAUUACUGAGCACAAGUUUUAAAUAUGAAAAUCAAUAAAAAUCCAAGGACCUGUUUUUUCCAACUCAGGCAUUUUUUCACUGUAUAGUUUAGAAAGUUUUAGGUUCGUUUCAGUUUACAAUGUUCCUUUUCCUUACCUCCUGGAAAUCUCAUGUGGUCUUUUGGAUCCGUCGGGGAAAAAAAAAAAAAGUCAGUUCACUUGAGCUCAAAGUAUCAAGCACAACGAAGAAAAAACAGAAAUAAGGAAGGUUCUGGUUUCAAUGCAUCCAGUUUGACAAGGUGGUUUAGAUCUGCCUUGCUGUUGUGAAGUCAUUAGGGAAUCAUUGGAAAUAUGGCUUCAAGCACACUUUGCAGUUUGUUACAAAUUCUAUUUGUCCAUAAGGCAGAUGCACACUCAGGAGGCCAAGUUAACUGUUACAGUACAGGAGCAAAUGCAUCGUUUAAAAAGAUGUAGAUUUUUUUUUAGAUCAUUACCAUGUCCUUGAUUUACUAGUCACCCGGUUCCUCCUCUGUGCAUUACGACUACCAUGCGAUUCAUUCUCAUUCUUGCUGAUUUAUGUUGUCCUCUAUCCCAUCCCAUGAGUUGGGAUGCUUCUGUUGUUUUCUAGAAAGAAACAGUUCAAUAAGCCACAUCUUGUCGUCUCUUCCUAACUCUCUUCCAUUGUCGAUUCAUCCUUGUAAAACAGCUGACUGAAUCUGGAAAGAACACAGCACACCAAAGAAGCAGAAUACUGCAAACCAAAGACAUUUAUUAUCUGCCAUUUUCUAGCCUACAAAUACUGUGAUUACUUUUAGAGAUCAGAACACCUCUGUAACUCCAAGUGGUAUUCGGCUCUUGUCUUGGGCUCACCCUCUGGCUGAGCAAACCAGCUAUGUCAAUGACAUUCGCCAAGCAUCCAGGCGGUGGCUUCACAACGCCAGCUCUGGUUGUCACUUUCUCAUAGCGAGUGGAAGAGGGCCCACAGAACUCUGGGAGAUUACAAAGGUCACUAUGUGCAUAUUUACCAGUGAAUGGCCCCAGGUGGGCACCAUGAGGUGUUCCAAGCAAGCCAAACGCUGCAAUGAUUCUUUACAGACACUUAAGACUGACUUUUGUAUGAAUUACUUAAUUGAAACCAAAGAAUCUUUUUCUGCACCUACUUCUGCAACAAACAGAACUGUCCCAUUAAACUGAGUAAAUGAUCCCAUCAAUCACCGGAAAUCACCACUAACAAGAAAAGCACGCUAAAAUAAAAACAAAAACGAAAAACACCGAAGACACACUGUGUUCAA